UUUCAUCUUCAAUCAUAAACCUCCUUCCCUGCCCCAGCCCUACAAAAAGCUUCCCAGACCUUGCAAGACUACUCUAAUACCUCGAGUAUAUUACAUACCUUUUAUAUAGCUUUUUACGACAAGUUAUAGACAGCAAUCAUGGCAGAGGGACUCAGCAAGAACUUUGAGACGUUACAGUUACAUGCGGGCCAGGAGCCAGACCCAACGACGAAUGCGCGCGCGGUGCCAAUUUAUGCGACUACGAGCUUUACCUUCAAUGACUCGGCCCACGGCGCGAGGCUGUUCGCCCUGAAAGAGUCCGGGAACAUCUACAGCCGUAUCGGUAACCCAACCGUCGAUGUCUUCGAGAAGCGCAUCGCCGCCCUCGAAGGCGGCGUCGCAGCCGUCGCCUCCUCCUCCGGCGCCGCCGCACAAUUCAUGGCCUUCGCCGCCCUCGCCAAGUCCGGCGACAACAUCGUGUCCACCUCCGCCCUCUACGGCGGUACCUACAACCAGCUCAAGGUCCUCCUCCCGCGCCUAGGCAUAACCACUAAAUUCGUGGCCGGCAACGACCCCGCCAACUUCGCCGCCGCCAUUGAUGAGAAGACGAAGGCUGUCUUCAUCGAGAGCAUCGGUAACCCAAAGUACAGCGUCCCUGACUUCGAGGCCCUGGCUAAGGUCGCGCACGAUGCGGGGAUCCCGUUGGUGGUUGAUAACACCUUUGGCGCUGGGGGUUACUUCUGCCGCCCCAUCGACCACGGUGCCGAUAUCGUGGUCCACAGCGCUACGAAAUGGAUUGGCGGCCACGGCACCACCAUCGGUGGCGUGAUCGUUGACAGUGGAAAAUUCGACUGGGGCAAGGCCGCGGCCAAGUUCCCCGAGAUGGUGGAGCCGGCCCCCGGCUUCCACGGCCUCAAGUUCUGGGAGACGUUUGGCCCGAUCACCUUCGCGAUCCGCACGCGCGUCGAUGUCCUCCGCGAUGUUGGAGCUUGCCUAAGCCCCUUCGCGGCAUUCCAGCUCAUCCAGGGCGUUGAGACGCUCUCCCUGCGCGCCGAGCGCCACGGCCAGAACGCGCUGGCGCUCGCGCGCUGGUUGGAGAAGAACGCGCAUGUGUCCUGGGUCUCGUACCCCGGGCUGGAGAGCCACCCCACCCACGAGAACGCGAAGAAGUACCUCGCGCGCGGCUUCGGCGGCAUGCUGAGCUUCGGUGUUAAGGGCGGCGGCGCGGCGGGGAGCCAGGUGGUGGAUGGGUUUAAGUUGAUUUCCAACUUGGCGAAUGUGGGGGACUCGAAGACGUUGGCGAUUCAUCCGUGGUCGACGACGCAUGAGCAGUUGAGCGAUGAGGAGAAGAUUGCGUCGGGGGCGACGGAGGAUUUGAUUAGGAUCUCGGUGGGGACGGAGCAUAUUGAUGAUAUUAUUGGGGAUUUUGAGCAGUCGUUUGCUGCUGCGGCGGCGGCGAGGACCGAGGGGGGGAAAGAGGGGAAUAAAGAUGUUGCUGCCGAGGGGGUGAAGGAGGCGGAGGUUGUGGUUGCUGUUUGAGCGGGUUGGGGGGUUAUCUGAUGAGAUGGAUGUAAGUCGUCGCGAUAGCGAAUGAAUGAAAGAUUUUAUGGGUGUAUGUGUACACGGCGCCCCUCACCCAUCCAUCCUAUUCGCCACCAACACGUACAUCUGUAUUCCCAGCUGAAGAACCAUUUCACCACCGGAGCGCAUCACACAUCCCAUCCCAUACGGAGAUAUACUCGGUAGGUACAGACAAUUUCUUACAGUACAGUCUUCUUUAGGAUACAACCAACCUGCCUACUGGAAUUUGUUACCCCACACCAAAAAUCCCCAACCCUCGCUUUCACAUGAAUGCCACGAGCUAACACUCUCCACACUCUGCACAAUUCGUGAGUGGUGACGUUCAUUAUUGGGUGGAGAACAAACUUCUAGUCCAAUUAGCGCUCCAUAAAUCCUCAGCAAAUCGGCCGAGCCUCGGUCCCUGCGAUAAGUUCGAAAUGGUCGGAGGUCCGGCCGCACACCCCCAAAAAGCAAAGCGUGCGGACGACGAGAGUUUCAUACUACUCUUCAU